CUGAUGUGAAUGUCGUCGGCGGCGGUGAGGUGACUGGAUGUUGAUUCGGUCUUGAUUUUUUUUAAAUUUCAAAACCAAGCUCUAAAAUGAAAUAUAGUACAGAAAUUCCGACACCGCUGGUUAAUAGAUACUCUAUUAUAUUUGGUUUAUAUGGUUUAGGGGCGUCUGUUUUGAACAAUGGAUUAACAUUUAGGCCUUUGUGGACAGGUAUGCAUAGACACUUAAUCUGUACUGCGAUUGGUAGUGUCAUCGGUUGGUACGCAUAUCGUUAUGAAGUGAACAAGAACGCCCAGCUUGAGUACAGGAAUCGUACGUACAUGGAAAGACACCCCGAGCUCUUCCCACCUGAUGAACAACGGAAAGUUGGAAAUGAUUAUCAUAACUGGCUCCCAUUGCGUUGAUAUUUUAUUAGAUGUGUGCAAGUUGGUGUUGUCAAUGGUAUUGGGAAUAAUCAUCAUCAGUAGGCCUAUGCAGUGAUGGCG